UCAACCGCAAAGCCUUUCUCUCUUCUCUGAGAAAAUGGCAGCCACUUCUUUUAGCCCAAAAUCUCAUUCUCAUCCCCAAUCUCGCUCAAAGAGCUUGCCAUGUAGACCACACCCUCUUAUCCUACAAUGCAACCAACAUUUGGGAAGUUUAGAGGCUUCUGAUGCCACUUCCUCUUCAUCAUCAUUGUUCAGACACAAACUAACUGGCCUGCAGACUCUGCAUGAUUGUAUUGAAAACCUUGUUCUUCUGCCUCUUACUCAAGAAGUCCUAGUCCAAGAGCGUCAAGAGAAGUGGGUUGAUGAGCUUCUGGAUGGAUCUUUAAGGCUCCUAGAUGUGUGUACUGUUGCAAAGGAUGCUCUACUUCACACAAAGGAAUGUGUGCGCGAACUUCAAUCGAUUAUGAGAAGAAAAAGGGGAGGUGAAAUGGAGAUUGCAGCUGAGGUCAGGAAGUUCUUGGCCUCUAGGAAGGUAGUAAAGAAGGCAAUCCUCAAAGCGUUGGAGAAUUUACAAGUGACUGUGAAGAAAGCAAAAUUUGCUCCUAGCAACAAGGACCAUCCAACCGCAACUUUGGCUAGCUUGUUCAAAGAUGUGCAAGUAAUCACUCUUUCCAUAAUGGAGUCACUGCUGAACUUCAUUUCUGGACCAGCACAAUCAAAACCAAGUAAAUGGUCUUUGGUUUCCAAGCUAAUGCAGAACAAGAAGGUUAUUUGCACACUAGAGUCGGAUAAGAAUGAAUUUUCCAAUGUAGAUGCUGCAUUGCAAUCGUUUGUGUUUCAUGUGACAAGAAAGUCAGACAGUAUCAAUCAUUUGCAGAACCAGUUGGAAGAUCUAGAGUCAGUCAUUCAAGACUUUGUGGAAGGACUUGAAACUCUUUUUAAACGUUUUAUCAAAAUUAGAGUUUCCCUUCUCAACACCCUCAAUCACUAAUUGUACAAAUCUGUGCGAAUGUUUUGUGAUUAUGUCAAAGAAUUUUGGCAUCUAAUAUUUAGUUUUAGAUGAACAUCCUUCGUUUCCUUUUUUUCUUGUUCCAUAUGUUGUU